AUGAAAAAAGAAAUACAAGAUGAUAAACAACAAAUUAAUGUUGAAAAUCAACCAUCACCAUUAGCAGUACUUAAAAUUGUUCCUGAUAUUGAUAGUCCAAUAAAAAAAAAAAUAUAUAUACCAUCAGCUUUUCUUAUUAAUACACCAUCAUCAUCAUCAUCAUCAACAACAAUAUCAAGUAAUACACAUUUUAAUUAUGAUAAUGUUCAACAAGUAAAAAAAUCUGAAUCUACUCAAAGUUCAUUUUAUUGGCCAUCACAAUUACGAAGACAAUUAAAUUUUAAUGUUACAAAUAAAACAUUAAAUCCACUUCCAUCAACACCAUAUACACCAUCACCAAUGCUUAGUCCAUUUCGAAAAAGUCCUGAUCUUUAUUAUCGUGUUUUUUCUCAAUCAGGUACAUCAACAGAACCAUCAUCAAUACCAACAACACCACUUCCACCAUAUACACCUAUUAGUGAAGAAUUAGCAGGUCCAAAAAUUAAUAUUAGUAAAGAAUAUCAAGCAAUUAUACCGAAAUUUCGUACAAAGUUACAAGAUGAUGAAGAAGGUUUGUACAAUAAACAUCAGAUUGAUAAUAUGAGAAUUACUAGGUCUUUUCUUGUUUCUCAUAAUCGAAAGAUUUGA